UUCAGGUGCAUUCAGAAUCUCUUGUAAAAUGCAUCACAGAAUAAAACUGUGUAUGACAAAUGAGACAGAAAUUGAUUCUUACAUUACACGUUCUGUAUCAGUCAACAUGUUUAUUUUUCUUUUAUUUGUCCUGCAAGCACAUGUUUAUUUUUAUCAACUACAUAGCUCUGUUGUUUUUUUUCUGUUACAAUAUCGCGUGGUGUGGCUCUCGUCUUUUUAGAGAAAUCUAACGCAGUGUGGCCAUCUGGUGAACUCAAUGCAAAUCCACAAAAGGCCACUUCAAAAUGAGUGAAUAAAAGGUGUUUCUGCUUGUAGUAAGUUUUUAAAAAAAAUCUGCCAGUGGAACAAGUUGGUAAGAUUUCUUGAAAUGAGAUGUAAUAUUUAGGCCUUUCAGGAUAAAAGAGAUAUUUAAAUUAGCUGGGAAAACUAUUUUUGAGCUUUAUUUCACUUGUAGCAGGAAGAGCUGUGUGUCAUAAUAAGCCUUUAAUGCUCAAAAGUAGUAUUUUUUUCACUUAAGAUAUUAUGCAUUGUCUAAAAACAAGUCUCUAUAUCUCACUGAAAUGUUACUUGUUAGGUGACUAUGUCUUUCAUUAAGUGUUAUGAGAUAUUUUGACUAGUAAUCAGACAAAUAUACUUUGUAAGAUUUUGCAUUUUUUUGCAGUACCCCUAAAAAAAAAGUGUCAUAUAUCACAUAUUAAACAUUUGUUGGUAAAUAAUCCUGUACAGCAGCAGCUUUUUUGCUUUCACAUUAGACAGUUUUGAAAAUAGGAUGGUGUUACUUGGUUGGGUGUUUCCAGCCUUGACAUACAGUAGUGAGUUAUUUCUCUCUCUCUGGUCAUAUUUGCGCAGGGAGACAAAUAGUUCAUUUUGCAUCUCCUACAAGGUUUAGAGAUAUGACUCAAAGGCAAAGGAAAUCCUUUUCUGGCCUUUUGCCCACCAUUAAUUUGUCAUUACUGUACCAACAAUCAUCAGAAGUUCACAUGUACAGUAAGAAAUCAACCUUUAUCAUACGAGUGUACCACUAGUUCAACUUUGCCCCUCAUGUGUUGAUGUCACUAGUACAUUCCAGCCGAAGAGGUCAAAGGUCAGCUGGUUGUCCAUGAGCACUCAAAAUGGGGAGGACAUUGGUUAUCAGAGUGCAAUCAGACAGCAAGGAUCGGUCCAAAGUUCAUUGCUGUGAAAUACCAAUGGACUGAGAGACGCGGCAGAGAUUUGAGACAGGAGGGAACAAGACGAGAACAUCUGAGGAUUAUAUGUGUUGGUGGCCAAGACGGUAAAGGAAGAACUGCAAAGACUCAAGGAAAUAUAUGGUACCUAAGAGGACAGGGUCAUCCAACUGAGACAUCUGUGCUGACUCUGAGACGAUGGACAUCCUUGAGACAGAUGCCUAUGACAGGCGGAAGAAGAGAAACAUGUUCUGUGCUGUCCUUCUUUCUCUCUUGCCUUUCUUCUCGUCCAUAGCUGUGUACUUCUACCUGUGGACACCUGACACACCCGCGUCCAUCAUGUCUGCAGGUAUCAAAUCAGCACCGACGCUCCUAUUGGCUGCAGUAGUGCUGAGCUGGAACGGAGGUCAGAGUAUCCUGGGUGUGGCGGGAGGACUGCUCUUCUCUGCUGUAGGUGACUGCUGCCUGGUGUGGCCUGAGCUCUUUCUGCAUGGAAUGGGUGCAUUUGCUGCGACCCAUCUGUUGUACUCACUCACCUUCCUCUCCAGUCACUAUACGGCAUAUUCCUCUUCCUCUUCCCUCUGGAUCCGUUUUCUAUAUCUGAUCCUGUUCAUGGUGGGAGGAGGUUUCUACAUCCACAUAUAUCCAUUCCUGCAGAAGGCUCCAGACUCAGAUGUGUUGCUUCCAGCUGUGGGGGUCUACAUUGUCUUAAUUGUUCUAAUGGGGGCGUUAGCAAUCAGAACCCGCCACGCAGCAACACUGUUGGGAAGUUUGUCCUUCAUGGUGUCCGACAUGUCACUGGCUGUGCAAGCUUUCAAAGUGAUGGCACCAAUGGAGCACGGUCAUGCUUUUGUCAUGGUGACAUAUUAUUUGGCUCAGCUACUAAUAGCUGUGGGCGAUAUAAAGGCGGUGGCGAACAAGGAUGGAUUGGCAAAAUGGAAGAGUUCCUAAACAGCAUCCCUGUAGCAUCCCCAAAGUCUGAAGUAUAACCUCCUCAGACUGCCUUUAAAUACUAGAGAUGUUCGAGAGAGGUAAAUACUAUUUAUAUCAAAUACGGGAAAAGAGUAAAAAUAGAACAGUUUCCAGUUUGCAUUUGAAUAAUCAUAUCAAUAGUCAUACCAUUAUAAAAAAAUACCACAGUCUACAAACAAAAGUAAAAGAAACUCCACAAAUAUCAGUUUAGAAUAACAUCUGUAUUCUGUGAUUUGAGCCAAAAUAUUGUUUAUGUUUAUGUUGUGUAUGUGGUGCACAUGUUUUCCACUUGUAAGCUGGUCAUUAUAUGUAUAUAAAUACGCCAAUUUGUUUUGUUAAUAAUAAAUAAAUGUGGUGUAAAAAAAACAAA